CAGAUCAGAUGUUCCCACCCCGACGUUGGAGGGAUACAUAAUGAACAUGGGCAUCACCCCUUCAGAGAUCUCCUCUUCCUCCUCUUCCUCCUCCUCCUCCUCCUCCUCCUCCGCCUGACUGACUGGUUGGCCGACUCUUUCUCUAAUCCAAUUCAGGAGAUCAUCUUUCCAACCAUCAAGACGGCGUUACCUCAGAAAGCCAGCUCUGUGAGGGUGAAGAUGACCACGGCACGGUACCGUCCCACCUGGGAGCUGGCCGUGGACCCCCUGGUCUCGUGUAAGCUGUGCCUUGGAGAGUUCCCUCUAGAGCAGAUGACUACCAUCACACAGUGCCAAUGUGUCUUCUGUACACUGUGCCUGAAGCAGUAUGUGGAACUCCUGAUUAAAGAAGGCCUUGAAACUGCAAUUAGCUGUCCAGACUCUGCCUGUCCCAAAAGAGGACACUUGCAGGAAAAUGAGAUUGAGUGCAUGGUGGCCACGGAGAUGAUGCAGAGAUACAAGAAGCUUCAGUUUGAAAGGGAGGUUCUGCUGGACCCAUGCCGGACGUGGUGCCCUUCCUCGACCUGCCAGGCCGUGUGCCAACUAAAGGAAGCAGAUUCUCCUGCGCUGCCCCAGCUGGUCCAGUGCGCCGUCUGUGCCCUCGAGUUCUGCUCGGCCUGCAAGGCCAACUGGCACCCCGGACAGGCCUGCCAGGAGAACAACCUGCCCAUUACCUCCUUCCUACCAGGAGAAAACAGCUCUUUCUAUAAGAAUGAAGAGGAUGAGGCACCAAUCAAGCGCUGUCCUAAAUGUAAAGUUUACAUCGAGAGGGACGAAGGCUGUGCACAGAUGAUGUGCAAGAACUGCAAACAUGCCUUCUGCUGGUACUGUCUGGAGUCCCUGGAUGACGACUUUCUCCUGAUCCACUAUGACAAAGGGCCUUGUCGGAACAAACUGGGCCACUCCAGGGCGUCUGUUAUCUGGCACAGAACACAGGUUGUGGGGAUCUUUGCUGGCUUUGGCCUGCUCCUGCUGGUCGCCUCCCCCUUCCUCCUUCUGGCCACUCCCAUUGUCCUCUGCUGCAAGUGCAAGUGCAGCAAAGGGGAUGACGACCCAUUGCCGACCUAAACACGCCAUCAAAGCUGGAGCGGAGAGCCGCUUCAUGGAUGGGCCAUGUUUUAUUUCCUUUUCACCCUUUUACGUUCUCCUCCCACCAGCUUUGAGUGCUUAAUUUUUUGGGGGGCUGAGCCUGCAAAAGCCCUGGCCGCUUUGGGAUCCAUCGCUCUGCAUGAGAGAGGCAUGGUAGAAAAAGCGACCCUACACCUUGGCCUGAAGAGAGGUGAAGGGUCACAGGUCAGUGGAGGUCAGACUUGUCUAAGGACCACUGUGUCGGCUUGUUAGACGUUGGUGGUUUCGGGACGUGGAGGAAGUCUGGACCACUUCAAGUGGUCAUCAGUUCUGGGUUACUGUGGUGUGGUGUUUUGGCGGGUCACUACAAACAAAGGAAGACUCCAAGUUAAGAAAUGCUUUUCUCUUGUAUGGAAAAUACAAUGCAGGAGCCACUUCAGAAAUAACUUUUACUUUAUCGCUCUGUUUUGUCGGUUUGUCGUACGCAACAAAAGCUUUUUCCCCCACCACCAUACUCGAUGUAGCUCUACAGAUUCAGUCAGUAGCAUUAGAGUCACACCACGCAUGUUUGGUGUUCACUCGAUUUGCACAAAGAACAUGGUUUUCAGAUCAUGUUCAUGACUGAGGUGGAGAUGGGAGGCUGAGCUCUCAGCUCAAUGUAUAGCACGUCCUCUUGAUGAUGUCAAUGUUUUAUAACCUGUUGCUUUUAAUAGAACUGUGCUCAGAGUAGUGUCUAUGUGUUGUAUUUUGAGUGUUUUCCAAACCGUAAGGUCAACUUAUUAAAGGGGAUUGCCACUCAUAUCUAAAAACACACUAAUUACCUGUGGUCAAGUGACAAUGAAGACUGGUUUUGUUCAACUUUCAGCCUAUCUUUUUCAUGAUUACCAGCUCUCCAAAUUCAUUUUACAUCUUCAAAAGAGAGACAUUUUUUCAGAUCUUAGAUCCAGAGAUUUCCCAAAUUGAGUGGUACUCCCCUUUAAGUUCAACAUUAAUUUAAUGUCUAUUAGAGGACUUUGUAUCCACAUGUUGUGGAACCAUUUUAAUACUACACUAAAAGAGAUGUCACUCAUGUAAUUCUCAGUCCCCCAGGUGGUGGUUUAACCAAAUAGAUAUGAAUAGCCUUAAAUUGAGAAUAGCCAAAAUCCGGCAUUUCCCCCUGUGCAUUAAGAAGGGUUAAAGUCCAAAUAAUCCCAGGGAAAGCAUGUUGUCAGUGAAGCCCUUUAUAUUCAGAUGAUUAUAUGAUGUCAUCCAUAUGCCACUCUGUUAAUAACCAUACUGUAAAAAACAAAACGAAGAAAAUAAACAACUGCCCUAAACUGAUGUUUUAUGUGACCGAGGGCCUGUAUUUCCUAAGCCUUUUUGAGCAGGAGAGCCGCAUCAUCACACAUGAACUGAAGCUUAACUCAUACCAGAUCUCCCACUCUUUGAGGCUUGACAAAUACCUGCCCAAAUUGCAAACUUGCAUAUGUUAGUGGUCAGAGUGUCAAUGUUUUGUUUUGUUGGAAGUUAGACCUCCAUUAAGAAGCAGCAAUUGCUUGUAAGGGGCAAAAGAAAAGUCUAUAGAGUAAAAAUAAAUGAAUGUUCCAUUUUUGGGCUCAUAAUUAUAAAGCUGCUCUAUACUAUAUCACUUUAUCUAUGCAAGUUUGUGCAUUUCCAUUCUUAAAAGGCUAUUCAUUGGUCAUUAUCAACCGUUUGCCAAGAGUAGGUUUAUCUAAUGAAAGCUGCAGAAUGUCACCAUAUACAUAUUUGCAUAUCAUGGCUUUUAUUUCAUCAAGGAGUUAUUCAGAAACUAUCCAUUUUAUUUUUAUCCUCUAAGUUGCUGUAAGCUAUCUGUCUUAGUUAUAUUUUAAAGUUUGUGAGCUUUAAAAACAGGAAAGAGUUGGGUCAAUUGUUAGUCUAGGAACAAAGGUAAACCAUCUAAUUAUAACCAAUUAUUUCAGUAUGUUUUCCUGUGUUCUGUCAUACAAAUUUUUGUUACCACUCAUAGCCAUUCAAAUUUUUUGAAUAAGCCAUCUACUACUACUUACUUUCCCCUUUCUUCUGGUGUAAUUUACAAGUGGUUAUGUAGCAUUUCCUGAGAAGUGUUAAUCAAAUUAACAACAGUAGCUAAUCUAAGAUAAACAUAGCUAAUCUCCAACUCACUCAAAUCCUCAUAAAUUAAGCUCCGACAUUCAGUAUGAUAAUCCUUAUUAUUAGUAGCCUUAAAUUUUGACUACCUUACCUAUAAACUGUGUUGCUUUCACUGAUAUCACCUUCUGUAUGAGCAUGAUCAUUUGAUAUCAAAGACAGUCCAAUUUCUUACUUUUGAAGUUUGGUGCUGUCCCCUAAAAAUGGGUAAAUUCUUCAAGUUUUUGUUGUUUUUAUGACAAUCGUGCCAAGCAGAUUUCCUGGAAAGGAUAAGGAAACAGAGCUGUCUACUGUAUGUGCAUUUUGACCAUGUAUUUGUAAUGUAAUAACAGUUUUUACAGGGUGGAAAAAUAUUUGACUGCUUCUUUAUGUAAAAGCUACACUGUAUAUUGGUUUCAUUCUUGAUAUGAUAUCUGUGAUGUGUGUGGUAUGGUGCCCUCUUUUGUUUAACUGAGGAGUCUAGCAGCUGAAAUCAAUGUCUACUCAAUAGAAAAGUCAAUAUACAUAUGAGAGAUUGCAACUGUACUUUUUAAGGAGUUUCACUAUUUAAUGUUACCAGGGCUCUGAUAUCACCAGGAUAAAGAUAGAUUUCAAAUAGUGCAAAAUUAUUAAUUUAAACACAAAACUAUCACCAUCAUCAAAGUCUUGAGCGGGCACAAACUAACUGAGGUCGAACAAAAUCAUUGCCAACUCCAUUUCUUAGACACACUAUUCUCCUUUACCUAUGUUUGCUGGCAACACUGAACAGCUGGAUACUUAUUAUGCAACAAACAUAAAAGGGCCAAACAGCAAACAUUAGAAUCACUGCAGUGUCUCAUUGCAUAUUGUUUUUUACACCAGAGGCUUGGCAGGGCUCAAUAUAAAGUCCGAUAUAACCACUUAAGAUGACGAAACAUCAGCAAUGGUUUGACUGCGGCAGAUUGACUGAGUAAAGGGCUUGCUUCUAAGAUUUGGCGCUUGAAUGAGAAGAAGCAAGGUCAAGUUUACUUAUAAGCUCAAGAUCUACUUUGCAACUAACCUAAGGUCAACUUUGGUUACAAGCAGCAAUUUAUAUUUUAUAACCGGUUGUGUCAAGAUUAAGCUGCAUGAUUUUUCUCUGACUUCUACAUGUUAAAAAUUACACUAUUGUAGCCUCUAAAGAUCUUUGGAAUGGUAGCGUUAUCACUCUAUCACUUAGCUGUCUGUUUUUUAUUUUAGUUUGGAAAAACAUGUUUUGAUAUUCAGCCAUAUGAUAUACAGCGUUGACCGGCCUUCCUCUAUUCAGCAGGUUGGCUGCUGAUACUUUUUUGUUGAUUUUUUUUUAUACACCUGUUUUACAUUAUAUUUUGUGUCAUUUUAAUUUUCAGUUUUUAAGAGCGGAAUUCUUAAGGCCCGAUGGUCAAUUAAAUUUAAAUCAGUCACUUCAGUAAGAGGGUUAUUGUCUGAGGACAUGCUGUCUGCACACCGGACUCAUGUUUGUAGAGAUGGUAACCAAUGGAUCUAGUUUAGGUAGCAAUUGAAAGUUAAUUGACCUGGGUGAUACAAAGAUUUCAACAUUGUAGAAUGGCAUAUUUGGAACAGUUAUUUACAACUUCAACAUUUCAGUAUAUCUACAGUUCCACUAACACUGUGACACCAGGUAUUAAAGGUUGUGAAUUUUUUUGUGAUUCUGCUCUCUUU